GCCGGGCAAAUUUAUACAACUUCCUGGUUCAAUUUUCAAAAUUGUCAAACAGUAGCUACAAAAAAAAUCUAUAAGUCAGAAAAGGAUGGCUUUGUCAAGUGGAAAAACAUGUGGUUCGUGUGACGUACAACAAAUAACAGAAGCUGCCAUUGUGUGGUGUACUACCUGUGACGAGGGCUUAUGUAGCACAUGCUUGGGUCAUCAUAAAGUUAACAAGGCGAGCCGAAAACACGAGACAAUACCAAUCAAUCAGUAUGAAAGUCUUGAAAAAUUUUCUUCCUGCAUCAAGCAGGUGUGCGAGAAACAUGACCAGACGAUAGGAUUUUACUGCCUUGAUCAUGAUGGGACUGCCUGCGGAUUGUGCAUACCGGAAAGUCAUCGACAGUGCACUGGACUCAAACCAAUUGACGAACUAGCCCGUCAUGCUAAGAAUUCUGCCAACAUAAUAGACAUCGAAAGAGGUUUUGAAGAGAUUGGAAAAACUCUUGAAAAGCUUCGAAAUAACAGACAACAGAACAUCGAUACAAUUAAAGACGACAAGAAAACAAUCUCUAUAAAAAUCAGAGCUUUAAAGGAAAGGUUAGCUAAACGAUUAGAUGAGAUGGAGGCAAGCAUAUUGAAAGCUUUAGAUACUAAAGUCAGUCAAAAUUUGUCAGAACUUGACCAGUUGGUGUCAAAAAUAAAAGAUAAGGAAAAAAACCUUGAUCAGUCCAGGAAAACAAUAAAACAAGUAAAAGAAGGUUUAUCGGAUGUUCAGGUCUUCUUAGUUACAAAAGAUCUUAACAAAAAAUUAUGUGAAGAAGAAAAUUUGGUUUCGAAUAUUUGUCGGCAAGAUGCUGCACAAGGGUGUUCCCUUAAUCUACAAAUAAAUCCACAGUUAGAGCAACUGUUUGCAAAAUUGAACUCUUAUGGUGAAAUACAAAUUUGUAAGUGUCCGUGUGGGAUUAAGAUAGGAGCAUGGGAGCAGAAGAGAGCACAGAUAGUUGUACCAACAACAGCAAUCCGGGAUAUAGAUAAGAUACAACUGAAACUAGAACAGACGAUUCAGUUGAAAGAAGGUGUUUAUGCAGGAUGCGUUAUUGUUCCUGGCGGCAGAAUGGUUUUUGCUCUCUGUGAAAAACAUCAAGUAUCAGUGCACAGAAAGGAUGGACAGCUUUCUACAAGUAUUGAUGUCGGACUCUAUCCUUACGAUUUAGCAGUUAUUACUAAUAAUACUGUGGCAGUAUCAUGUCGAGAUUCUGAAUCAAUCAACAUUGUUAACAUUGAUGAGGGAGUUGUGCCGAAGAAAAUUGAUAUCGGUGGUUCAUGUCACGGCUUAGCUUUCUACAAUUCCAAACUUUACGUCCUUGUAUUAAACAAAGGAAUCCAUGCGUAUAAUUUAGAUGGAAAUUUUGUCAGGAAAAUCAAGGUUGACAUUUCUGCAGAAUAUGGUUACUUAGCCAUGGCCAAUGACAAUUUUGUGUAUACUCUUUAUGAGGAUUUUCAAAAUCGAUUCAUUACAUGCUGUGAUUUUAGUGGAUCACAGAUAUGGCGAUCAUCGUUUGCUGAUUCUGGUGUUUCAGUCGAUCAGUUUGGAAAUAGCUUUGCUGCAAACUUCUGGUCCAAUUCAAUUAAAUUCAUAUCUGCCGACGGUAAAAGAGAAAAUCUACUUUUUUCAAAUAGUGAUAUGAUAAAUAGUCCUGAAGGUGUGUACUUUGAGAAAAGUAAUAAUACUUUACUUGUUACCUGCAGAAACGGUAUGGCAGCUCUGUAUCGUGUCAUUUAA